UCCGCCCACUCAUGCAGCGCGGGCGUUCGGAGUCCCCGCCCCUCCGAGGAAUUUCCCAAAGCCCAGCACUGCAGAAAUUAGCUGCGCUAAGAUGGCGACUCCCAUGCAUCGGCUCAUAGCCCGGAGACAGGCUGAAGCAAAUAAGCAACAUGUAAGAUGUCAGAAAUGCUUGGAAUUCGGACAUUGGACUUAUGAAUGCACAGGAAAAAGAAAAUACCUACAUAGGCCUUCAAGAACAGCAGAACUAAAGAAAGCUUUAAAAGAAAAAGAAAACAGGUUGUUAUUAUUACAACAAAGCGUUGGAGAAACUAAAGUAGAAAGAAAGUCCAAGAAAAAAAGGUCGAAGAGUGUAACCAGUUCCAGUAGCAGUAGCAGUGACAGUUCAGCCAGUGAUUCUUCAUCAGAGAGUGAAGAAACUUCCGCCUCGUCCUCCUCGGACGACAGUGACAGCGAUGCAAGCCACUCCAGCUCAUCAUCUUCAGCCUCUUCCACAAGCUCCUCCUCGUCCUCUGACUCAGACUCGGAUUCCAGCUCUUCCAGUGCCGGCAGUGCCAGCACAGACAGCACCUCUGAGGAUGAACCACCGAGAAAGAAGAAAAACAAAUAGAACUGCUGCAUCCUGAGGGACUAAAGACGUUAAUGUGUUUCUCAAAAGGGGAUUUAGAAUAUAUUAAGGCCAAAUAGGUUAACUGGUCAAAUUUUCUAGAGUUCAAAAGUUUUCCAUUGUAAAAUCAUAAAGACUAUUAUGGAUCAUACCAAUAAGCCUUUUUUUAUUUUAAGGGUGAAUCCUGUUUUUCAUUUGUAUUUUUAAGGUAUACCUCUAAAACUUAGAGCUGGAAUCCAGAAAAUAUGUUUUUUGUGAUGAAAUUUAUCUUUUCUCCCUGACUUUGUUAAUAUGUUAGUGCCAUGCAUCAGACAUGUUUUCAGGAAAAUGCGUCAAGUAUCUGGCUGUGAAUUUCUAAUUCUUUGGGCUGUGUAUUAUUAUGUAAGAUUUCAUACAUUGUUAUGAUAAGCUGAGGUGUUUUCCUAUUGUUAAAAAAUGUGCUCUAUUUUUGUUUAUGUUCAGCAAGUUAUUCUGACUUGUCCUAAAUGAAAAGUUCAAGGAACCUGUUCAUAUAUUUAUACAUUUUGGAUGGUACAAGUUUCAACUCAC